CACGAACUCCUUACUCCUCUCUCCAUCACCAAAGCCAUCCGCUGCGAUUGACCUUCUCUCCUCCAUCGUACGACCUGCUCUCUCCAUCCGUUGCUACUCUGCUUUUCACACUGGUCUGCUACUGGCUAUCUUCUUCUUUGUUUUGUUGUAUUUCUUCUUUGUGUCCGCUGCGAUUGAACUGCUCUCUCCAUCUGGUACUACUUAUUGCUACUUAUUGUAUUUUAAAGUAGUCUCCCAUAGUCCCAUUGCACAUGUACAUUCCAUCCCCAGCCUGGGAAUGAACAAAGUGCUGCUAGUUUUGUUAUUUGGCUUUUUUAACAAACUUGCCUGGUUUUAAACAUUAUACAUUUUUGAAACAUGUACUUCUAAAGGAAAAUGUCGGGAAUGCAAUCCAAAACUACGGACCCGGCAUGGCAGCAUGGAGAGAAAGUCUCACAAAAUGAUUAUACUCGUGUUCGAUGCAUUUAUUGUGAGAAAGUAACAACUGGAGGCAUAUACCGUCACAAGCAACAUCUUGUCGGUGACUUUCGAUGUGUGAAGGCGUGUGACAAGUGUCCUCAAGAAGUUAGAAUUGCCAUGAAAGAGGUUUUGGAUGCAAAAAAUCAAAGAAAAGAAUCUUUGAAAGAGAACUCUUUAGGUCCUGAUUUUGAUGAUGAUGAUGUUGAGGAGAUUGAAUGUGAAGAUGGUACGAGCAAAACAUCAACAAUAAAAGGCCCAAUGAAUUUGUACUUCAAAAGUGUUUCAAAAGAACAUCAAAAAUUGAAAAGAGCAAGAGGGGUAGAAGUAACUCUAGCAACUUGCAAAAAAGAGUUGAGAGAAAAGGCUGUAACUGCAUUUGCACGAUGGAUGUAUGAAACCGGGUUGCCAUUUAAUUGCGUGAAUUAUAAGACGCUACAAAGUUUCAUUGAUGCUGUGGCACAACACGGGCCAGGCAUGAAGGCUCCUACUUACCAUGAAGUGAGAGUGCCAUAUCUCAAAAAAGAAGUAGAUCAUGUGAAAGAGCUUUUUAAACCACAUGAGGAUAUUUGCAACCAAUAUGGUUGUUCAUUAAUGAUGGAUAAGUGGACUGAUCGAAGAAAUCGGGCGUAUAUCAACGUCCUUGUUAAUUGCUCACUUGGAUCGUAUUUCAUCCAAUCAGUUGAAGUAAGUUUGGACACCGUGAAUGGGGAGAAAAUGCUAGAGCUCUUCGAAAUCUUUGUGAAUAGGGUGGGAAGUGAAAAUGUUGUUCAAGUGAUAUCAGACAAUGCUUCUGAAAAUGUCAAAGCUGGUAAUUAUCUUUUUACACUUCUAUUCUUUAUCUUUAAUAUUUUUUUAAUUAAUUAAAAUUAUAAUAGUCAAUUGUAAUCGCUCAGGUAAGGAUUUAAUGGAGAAGUACCCGGUAAUGUAUUGGACUCCUUGUGCUGCUCAUUGCAUCAAUUUGAUGUUCAAGGAUAUAUUUGACCUUAAGCAUUUCCAGACAACCUACAAAAGAGCUCUCAAGCUGUCGGUCUACAUCCAUUCCAAAACGAAGUUGUUGAACUUGUUUAGAAAAUUCACCGGCAAGAGAGACUUGGUGAAAUUUGCUAAAACACGAUUUGCCACGACUUUCUUGACAUUCAAAAGGUUGAAGGAGCACACGAUGAAGUUGAUAAAACUUUUUAAUUGUGAAGAGUUCCUAACAACUAAUUACUCCAAGGAAGAGGCGGCAAAGGAGUGUGGCCGAAUUGUGCAAAUGCCAUCCUUUUGGAAUACACUUCAUGAGGCACUUAAAGUUGGAGGACCACUUAUGACGACACUUCGGUUGGUUGAUGGAGAUGUCAAACCGGCUAUGGGAUAUGUUUACCCCGCAAUGGAGAUAACAAAAUCAGCAAUAGCCAAAGCCUUCAACAAUGACGAAACGAAGUGCAAGAGAGUGUUUGAGAUAAUUGAUACGAGAUGGACUUCUCAACUCCGUCAACCAUUGCACGCGGCUGCUUUCUUCUUGAAUCCGGAUUUCUUUCGAUUUCCAGGUGAGUCACCGGUGUCUUCUACCAUUAAUUCGGCUGAGGUGGUAGCAGGAUUUUAUGAGUGUUUGGAGAGAUUGGUUCCAAAUGAAGAACUUCAAACGAAAAUCGCAAAUGAAGUGUCAACUUGGGAGCUAGGACAUGGAUUAUUUAGCAGCUCAUUUGCGAAGAGACAACGAGGUGUCAAGCCCCCAGUUGAUUGGUGGACAUCAUUUGGUGCUAGUGCUCCUCAUUUAAAGGAAUUUGCGAUCAAGAUUCUUAGUUUAACAACAAGUGCAUCAGGUUGUGAAAGGAAUUGGAGCGUAUUUGAACAUGUAAGAAUAAUUAUUUAAAUGUAAAUAAGUAAGAUCAUUUUCAUUUUUACUUUAACUGACUAUGCUAACAACAAUAUUUAAAUGCUUAACAGUUACAUUCAAAGAGGAGAAGUCGUCUAGAGUACAAGCGCCUCAAUGAUUUGGUUUUUGUUAAGUACAAUAGGGCAUUGAGGCGUCGGUGGGAAAUGCGUGACUCUAUCGAUCCAAUUUGUUUUGAAUAUAUAGACAUGGCAAAUGAAUGGUUGUCGGGUACUCUUGAUGAUGCAAACGAAGAGUUGGUCUUUGAUGAUGGAGAUACUUUGACAUGGGGGGACGUUGCGAAGUUUUCCGGUGUACAUGAUACACCAUAUUCUCUAAGACGCAAUUCAAAAGGGAAAGAAAAAGUGGGAACUUCCAAGUCCAAGUCCAAGGAAAAAGCCUCCACCAUAGGCUUGUUGAUGAAGAUGAGGAAGAAGAUGAAGAAGAUGUUGGGGUGUAUAAUGAUGAUAGUGAUGACUUCGAUGCUUUGGUUAUGGAUGAAGAAGAAGGGAACAUUCAUGUGGAGGAUGACAUUAUGGAGUGAUAAUACUUCGUAGAGUUGAUUUUAUGACAUUAUUAUGACAUUGUGUGAUGGAUAUUUUCUACCUUUAUGUCGCAUUAUUAGUACUAUUAUGAGUAUUAUGACUA